AUGACGAGUGUUGUUACACUUAGGUCUUGUACCAAGAAGUCCAACCUUUGCUUUUCUACUCCAUUGCUUCUUCGGCGCCGAAAGAUGCCUUCUAUUAUUGGAUCAUCAUCUUCAUUAUUGGCAUCGCCUUUAGAAGCGUCCCAUGUUUCUGUGUCACAUCCAUUGAUGAUGAUACCAUCAGAUGAGAAGGACGAAGAUGGCAGGAGUUUGUGCCGUUUCUAUGACUACCUAAAUGAAAAGGUUGUAAAUACCAAUAUUAAGAUCCCUGAAGAGGUUGAGCAUGCAAUAUGUGUUGGGUCAUCUCAUGGUUGGUUGGCUUAUAUCUCCCGUCUUGACUGCUCUGUUUUUCUUUGGAGUCCCUUCACGGCCUCUCCACUCAUCUCGCUUCCUCCCAUUCAUACACUACCGUUCAUAACGGUUAUACCUCGUGAAGAGGUGGAUGAAGAGAACCCCGAUGAUGUAUUAGAGAGAUAUAAGGGUGAUACUUUGCACUACAAAUGGAAAACUGCAUAUGAAUCUGACGAUGAUUUUCUCCCUGAUUUUGGGUUUAAAGUAGAAUGGGAUUAUCCCGAUCAAAGCAAAAGUUUCUAUACUAGGUCACCAAAGCGUUUGAUUCUAAAUCUUAUACGCAAGAUUGUUUUUUCAUCUGUUCCUACAAGUGACGAUUGCAUCGUGGUGGCUCUACCUGGUCUUAGCACUCAUCGCAGUAUUGCUUUUUGUAAACCUGGGGACAAGUCAUGGACCUUUGUAGAACCGCCGCUUAAGAAAUAUUAUGACAUUGUAGAUGUCAUACAUUUCAAGGACCAAUUGUUCUACACCAUUACCUCUUCUGGACAUACUUUAUACGCUUAUGAUCUUGCUGAUCUUUCUUCUCCAAAGAGUUACCUUGUCAAAACUUCUUUGGAAUAUUUUCGAUUACCAUUAUCCUCACUUGAAGAAUACACGAGGAGAUAUGAAUGGUGCCAAGAAAGAUAUUAUCUGGUCGAAUCAUUAGGUGAUCUUUUGUGGGUUCGUAGGAUUUUUACUAACUAUAUGAAUGGCGAUGGUGAAAUUAUAUUCAACUAUAAGCUUUUAAAAUUUCCGGACCAGACAAUCAUGUUUGACGUUUAUAGGCUGGAUUUCUCUCAGAAUACAUGGAAAUAUAUUAAAUGCAUAGGUGACCAAAGUUUGUUUUUAGGUACUAACCAAUCUCUCUCUCUCCCAGCUCGAGACUUUCCUAGUUUGAAAGCAAACUGCAUAUACUUCACAGAUGAUUCUUGUGAAAUACAUAAGAAAUAUCCUCCUUGUGAUCGCGAGGGUUAUGGGGGCCAUGAUUAUGGGCACUACGAGCUAGGAGGAUAUGCGUUUGGAGAAUUCUGCAGAUUUGGGGACGGCAGGAUUUUACCGCCACCUUUUUGGGUUAUGCGCCACUUUCAUUAA